CCCUUCUUACUGUGAUAAUAGUUCAAUAGUUCCCUAGUUAGCAACUUAUUUUCUUAUUCAGCUAAGAAAUGUGGAGACUUAUUAUCAUCUUUUAUCUUAUAGCUUUGGUUGGAAGAGGAAACUCUGGGAGAACGCCGAUAUGGAGGAAGGAUCUAGGACGACUACACAGUUUGCAAAACCAACUUCAGCGAGGUCUGGUUCCUCCCUCACAACCCUCUCUAUGCCAUAACAGAGUAAACCCUCUUUCCCAUCAAGAUGAUUACUCCUCCAAAUCUUAUGUUCUUUGUCCCUGAUCAUGCUUAUUUCAACAAUGAUAACCCCUUUUUUUUGUUUUCGUUCUCUGUGCCAAACAUAAAUCAUAGUUGUAUCCGUUGGCAUAUUGAUAUAUAUAACUAUAUAUAGAGAGAACUUUUUGU